GUUAGCAGGCUCCAUGGUGUUAUAGUUGGAGGUGUUGCAUCAGCAUGAUUGGCGAGUGUCCUUGUGGGUUGAAUGAUAGAGAAAAAAAGCAGCUCACGUGGUGUCUGAACCAAAGGGGCUGUCCAUUGUCCAACCCUCCAUCAAACCUUCACCGUUUUGUUUUGGUAAAAACACACAUUCAGCUCUCACUCGCAUUUCCCUCAUCAUUUUUUCCACUUUGUUUUUUUAAGGAAAGAAAAAAAAAAAAAAGAAAAAACAUAAAGGCUGACUCACUCAGUCUUUUCCCUUUUUUUUGUUUCUCAAUUCAAAAUCUUUGUACAUGCGAUCAUGGAGGGGGGUGAUGACCUCCACCGCUACCACCACCACCACCACAACCACCACCACCAUCACCGCCCUAACUUCCCGUUUCAAUUACUCGAAAAGAAAGACGACGACGACGCCACCGCCGCCUCUUGCUCAACUUCCCCUUACCCUUCUCUCGCCAUCUCCACCGACCCUACUACAACCGCCGCCGCUGCUGCUGUCGAGCCCUCCAAGAAGCCACCACCGAAAAGAACCUCCACCAAAGACCGCCACACUAAAGUGGAUGGCCGUGGGCGGCGCAUCCGAAUGCCAGCCCUAUGUGCGGCGAGGGUAUUCCAGCUGACACGCGAACUGGGUCACAAGUCCGACGGAGAAACCAUCGAGUGGCUACUCCAACAGGCGGAACCCUCCGUGAUCGCCGCCACGGGAACCGGAACAAUCCCGGCGAACUUCACAUCCCUCAACAUCUCAUUACGUAGCUCUGGCUCCACCAUGUCCGUCCCUUCACAGCUCCGUUCAUCGUCCUAUUACAAUCCAAAUUUCUCCCUCCACCCACCACGCCGCACCCUUUUCCCCGGAUUUGGCCUCUCAUCGGAAACUUCCUCCACCGCCCUCCUCAAUUUCCAGUCCACUAACACCGGCAACUCUCUACUCCAAGCCAAACCCGAACUCCGAGACACCACCACUUCAUUAGACCUCUCCGACGCGGUGGAGGACAUCAGCAUAGGACGGAAGAGACGGCCAUCGUCGGAGCAGGAGUUCAGUACAGGCGCGAUUCCGGCGAGCGGAGGUCAGGUACCGGCGAAUUUAUGGAUGCUUGCGAAUACAAAUAACCAAGGGAUGGGGGUUGACCCCAUAUGGACUUUUCCGUCGGUGAAUAACAGCGGUUUGUAUAGAGGGACGAUGUCAAGUGGGUUGCAUUUCAUGAACUUUCCGGGUCCGGUCACGUUGGUUCCGGGUCAGCAACUCGGGUCGAGCGCCAGCGGUGGGAGUAAUAGUUCUAGUGAGGCCCACUUCAAUAUACUUGCUGGCCUGAAUCCUUAUCGGUCGCUGUCAAGCAGCGGCGUAAUGGAAGCGCAGGGAAGUGGAUCGCAGUCUCAUCACGGCGGCGGCGGAGAUGACCGGCACGACACAACCAGUCACCACUCGUAAUGGAACGGUAACGGAAAACGGUAGAUCCCCGCUCUAUCCACAUGUGUGGUCGUUUGAUGUGUGGAAACACACGUGAGGUUUGAUUUUCCAUUGAGAAAAAAAAUAAAAAAAUAAAAAAAUAAU